CUUCCAUUAUGCUUUUGUAUGGGUCGUUUCCUUUCUGACUUCUGAGUUUAUUUAUGUUUGAUCGAUCUGAAUUUAGUGCCUCGUGUUUCGGCAACUUGGUUCGUCUGAUGUAGUAGUUGGCUAGUGCUUUAUGCAACUUUGUGCAUACCAAAAUUGCCAUUUUUCCCCGUUUCUAGCUGGAGCUAAGUAGACAGUAGUGCGGACUAGCUACUCCUUUCCAGUCUAGAAUCUAGAGACGGGGAUUGAAUUAGGAUAUCGUCGGUAGUGUUGGGCUAGAUGCGGCCUAGUUCUUAACGAUUUGCUAUUACACCACUUUGGGAACAGAACACAAAUGUGUACGUUUCCGUAUUUUUUUCUUAGCUUUCUUCAAAUAUGGCUAUUGGAGUAUUGGGUUUAUAUUUUACAGUGCUCAUAUGCGGGGGAAGGGCGGUCUGCGCUGCGCACGUGAGGCGCUCAUUUCUCUGAAUGUACAUGCCAGAAGUCCUUGAAAAAAAAUAGUUUUUCUUUGACUGCUCAUUUCUUUGACGCAACGAAGUGAUGAAGGGGGCUGAUCUUCCUCCUCCUCCACCUCAUCUCCCUCUUCUUCUCCUUCCCUUGCAAAAAAUAGUGUGAGGGGAGGGAGUGGCAGCUGGUAUGGUAGGGAGCCUGAAGAUCCACCGCUGGUUAGCAGAAUUAACACAGUGGCACGUGAGAUGCCGGGUUGUAAGCUCAAGAUCCUGAGGAUGUUGUUGCUGAGUACUACCAACAGCAAGUGGAGAUGCUAGAGGGUUUUAAUGAGAUGGAUACACUUACAGAUCGUGGUUUCCUUCCUGGAAUGUCCAAGGAAGAACGCGAUAAAGUUGCUAGGAGUGAGACAUUAGCCAUCCGGCUGUCUAACAUUGCAAACAUGGUUCUUUUUGCUGCAAAAGUGUAUGCUUCAGUAAGGAGUGGCUCGCUUGCUAUUAUUGCUUCAACUUUGGAUUCUCUUCUAGACUUAUUGUCAGGGUUCAUCUUGUGGUUUACUGCCUUUUCUAUGCAAACACCAAACCCCUACAGAUACCCAAUUGGUAAAAAGCGUAUGCAGCCGCUGGGAAUACUUGUUUUUGCUUCAGUCAUGGCAACUCUUGGCCUUCAGAUCAUCCUAGAAUCAGUACGCUCAUUGGUGUCUGAUGGUGAUGAAUUCAACUUAACAAAUGAGCAGGAAAAGUGGGUUGUGGACAUAAUGCUCUCCGUGACAUUGGUCAAACUUGCCCUGGCUAUAUAUUGCCGCUCAUUCACCAACGAAAUCGUCAAAGCUUACGCACAGGAUCACUUUUUCGAUGUCAUCACUAAUGUAAUUGGCCUGGUUGCUGCACUACUUGCUAAUUAUAUUGAAGGCUGGAUCGACCCUGUUGGUGCAAUCAUUCUGGCGAUCUACACAAUCAGAACAUGGUCAAUGACGGUGCUGGAGAACGUCCACUCCCUGGUCGGGCAGUCGGCUUCGCCGGAGUACCUCCAGAAGCUGACCUACCUGUGCUGGAACCACCACAAGGCCGUGCGGCACAUCGACACGGUGCGGGCCUACACGUUCGGCUCCCACUACUUCGUGGAGGUCGAUAUCGUGCUGCCGUCGGACAUGCCGCUGCGGGAGGCACACGACAUCGGCGAGGCCCUGCAGGAGAAGCUGGAGCGCCUGCCCGAGAUCGAGCGCGCGUUCGUUCACCUCGACUACGAAUUCACCCACCGGCCCGAACACGCCUUGUCCCACGAGAAGUAGACAAGUUUCCGGCCGGUGCAGCCGGUGGAACGACACGGGUUCGUAGCUGAAACUAUUUAUGUGUAGCCGACGUGGGUUCAGGAAACCGGUGCUCGUCUCGUGAGCCGUCGCAGGAAACCACUGGGGUACAUGCGAUGGAGUUGUGCGUGCUGGAGUGCCUGCUGCGGCGAUGCGCUGGUAGACUUCGGUACCAUGUACUGAAGAAUCUGAUGCUCCAGUGAUGAGUAUCUCUUUUA